CUUUUGACAGCAAUAACGGCUAAAUGAUUAGUCGUUUUGACCACACAUCGGACGUGCUUUUCCGGAACGACAGAACCGCGCAAAUAUGUCGUUGUUUCUCGACUGAAUGUUCUGUUCAUUAUCGCUAAUAAUUUUCCCUCUUCAUCUCAUGCUGUUCACCGGCGAGGCUUUUCCAUUUUUCGAUUCUGUAUAGAAAUGUCGAUACGAAAAGUUCUCAGAAAUCUCAAAACGGUGAAAAGGACUCGCCGUUUAAAUCUAUCCCCAAAACUCUGCGGAGAAAACCUACACUCAAUCUCUAAAACCCUAAUUCCUCCUUCUUCAACAAUUCUCUCCAAUCUCAACCCAACAAAACUCCACCAAACUCUAUCGGACCCAGAUCUAAAACCUUUGUAUUGCUUACAUCUCUUCGAUUUUCUCCGCCAAAACGAAUCAUUGAUCUCAUUUCAACCUGAUCUUCAAGCCCAUUUGAUACUAAUUUCAAAACUUACAAAGGGAAGAAGAUUCUCAGAUGCAGAAAUUCUCUUGAAAUCUGUGUCAAUUAAGGAUUGUAACAGGUACCCGUUUUCUAUUUUAGCUUCUACUAUUGAGAAUUGUUGUUGCUUUGAACCAAAUGUUAUAGCAAAGUUAUUCAAUAUGAUGCUUAAGGUUUACUCUGAUAAUAAGAAAUUUGAACAAGUUUUGAAGACUUUUGAUUACAUGAAGAAUAAAGGAAUUGACAUAGAUGAGAGAACUUGUACUGUGCAUUUGCUUUCCCUUAAGAUAAAUGAUCAGAUGAGAUUAAGCCUUGAGUUUUUUAAUAGAAUGAUUGAAACAGGCAUUGAGGUUUCUGUAUAUUCUUUGACAGUUGUGGUUGAAGGGUUAUGUCAGAAUGGAGAGAUUAGACAGUGUAGAGAAUUAGUGGAAGAAAUGGUGAUUAAAGGAAUUAAACCCAACAUUAUAACAUAUAAUAUAAUGAUAGAUGCUUGUGCUAAAAGAUGGAGUUUUGAGGAGUUAAAUUGCAUAUUGGCAUUAAUGGAAAAGGAAGGAGAGGCAUUUAAUAUUAACACAUAUAAAAUUUUGAUAGAUGGGUACUCAAGCUUUGGUAAAAUUAAAGAAGCUGAGAAGUUGCUAUUGGAGAUGCAUGGUAGAGAUUUGAAUGUUGAUACCCACAUGUAUAAUUUGGUUAUAAAUGGGUAUUGUAAUAAAGGGUUCGUGGAUAAAGCACUUCUGUUGUUUGAUAGGAUGAGUAUUAGAGGUGUUAACUCGACCGUUGAUACAUUUUGGGCAUUAAUAAAUGGCAAUUGCAAGGUUGGGAGAAUGGAGAUUGCAAUGGCAUAUGUCAGUAAGAUGCAGAGAAAAGGAAUUGAGUUAGACCAGGUUAUUUUUAAUAUCUUGGUUGACGGAUAUUUCAGAAAGGGAAUGGUAGAUGAAGCCUAUGUAAUGCUAAUUGAGAUGGUGAGGAGAGGAUUUGAUGCUGAUUUAUCCAUUUGCAGCAAAAUAGAGGCUGCAUUAUUUAAGUUGAAUCGGUUUGAGGAGGCAAAACAGUUGGUGGAUAUUAUGUCAGUAAGAUGCAAAGAAAAGGAAUUGAGUUAGACCAGGUUAUUUUUAAUAUCUUGGUUGACGGAAAUUUCAGAAAGGGAAUGGUAGAUGAAGCCUAUGUAAUGCUAAUUGAGAUGGUGAGGAGAGGAUUUGAUGCUGAUUUAUCCAUUUGCAGCAAAAUAGAGGCUGCAUUAUUUAAGUUGAAUCGGUUUGAGGAGGCAAAACAGUUGGUGGAUAUUAUGGUUAAAGGAGAUGGAAGUCUUGAAAAUUCAGCAACUUUAGUUGAAGAAAACUUGGUUUAAGGUGGCAAAGAAUCUGAAGGAACAUAAUGACUAAAAGGAUGGAAGCCUGAAAUUUGGUAAGGUGCACAAUUUUGAUUGGCCUAUGAUUCAAAGGGAAUUCCAUGGAGAUGUGGAGGAAGAAGAAAAUGAUUUAUACAGUAGCUGUUGUCUCGUUUUCUUUUCAAUUCUCUGUUCAAAUCUUCUUCCUAUAAGUUUUGGCUGUUGAGUUAAUGGGUACCAUGAGAAGGGCGGCACAAGAGUGAAGCACAAAGUCAUACCGAUGAUAAUGGGGUGCUUGGGUCGAUAUAGUCACCUUUCUCAAUUCUUGUGUUGGGCAGUUAUUUUCUAUUUGUUGCUUUUAGGGAGAGAGGAUGGAUUUGAUUAUUUCAUGAUACUCAGGGAACAAUCGUAGCCGAUGAUCAUAUAACUUUAAACUAACAAGAGACCUCUAACCUAAAACAAAACUGCAAGAAAAUCCAUCCAAGCUCUCAAAGCUUAAAUAACUGUAAUGCUAUAGAAGCAGAAAUAUCAGUUUUACGGGCUGCGUUUUUCUUUUUUCAUUUUUCUGUUCGACAAAGGAAAGGACGUCUAACAAGCUUCAUACUAGGGUGUAAGGAUCGAUUUUCUUUAAAUACAAGGGCAUAGUUGUC